AUGGUCAUAGCACAUGCUCUAGUUGAAUUAGUACAAAUAAAAAAACUUUUAUAUGCUGUACGAACAUCUAAUUAUAAUGAAGUAAGACAUAUUUGUGAGAAAGGUGUUGAUGGACUUAUUAAUUAUAAUAACCCGACUGAUGGUGAAACACCAUUGUUAGUUGCUGUGAAGAAAAAUGAUGAGGUUAUGAUGCAAUGCCUUAUUGAUCUUGGUGCAAACCCCAAUGUAACUGAUUUUAAGGGUCGAACACCACUAAUGCGUGCAGCUGAACAUGGAUUUGUCGAAGCUGUACAAACAUUACUCAAUGCAAAUGCUAAAACAAAUAUACGAGAUCUCAAUGGAAACGAUAUUCUUUUUGCUUGUCUUUCUAAUGGUACACUUCGACAACAAGAAUGUUUUUCUAUCAUUAUGUCUAAACGAACGCCCGAUGUCAAUGGAAUGACAACAAUGGGUAAACCAGUAUUAGUAGCUGCUUGUGAAAAUGGAGUGAUCAUGGAAAAAAUUUGUUUGACAUUACUUGAAAGAGGUGCUGAUGUUAAUGCUAUUGAUAGAGAAACAGGCACAACAGCUUUACAUGCUGCUUGUGCUUCGGGUUCAGUAAAAGUAGUACGUGAACUUUUGCAACGAAAAGCUAAUGUAAAUGCUCAAGAUGUUCAUCAGCAAACACCUGCUCAUGCUGCUAUAACAUCUAAAGUAUUCGAACUUUUACCAAUUCUUUCGGCUUAUAAUGUUCGUUUUGAUCUUGCUGAUGAAUCAUUAAAUACACCAGUUCAUUUAGCUGCCAUGUUAAAUCAAGGUAAAGCAAUAAAAUUUAUGAUUCAACGUGGUGGUACUACUAAAACUAAAAAUGUUGACAAUCAAUUACCAAUUAAACUUGCAACUAUAUGGAAAAAUAUAGAUGCUAAAAAAAAUAUUCGUUUAGUUGAAAAAAAACAAUAUAACAGAAAAAUAAUCUCACCUAAAUCAAAUCCAAAUCGUGAUUAUAAAAUUCAUUUUUAUGAUUGGUUACAAGAAAGAUAUGAUCGACUUUUACGUCGAUUUCGUCAAAUAGAAAAUGUUAGUACUCAUCGAAUUACAUCCAAUGAUUUUAAACAAAUUAUUCAAGAAGAAGGUUUUACUCAAAUAACAUCUGAUGAUCUUUAUGAUCUUAUUAUUCGACAUGAAACAAAUCCAAAUGAAAUUGAUUAUCAAACAUUUCUAUCUGGAAAAUUAUUUAUUGAAAAACCAUUUCUUAUGCAAGCAUUUAUUCAAAAAAAAAAUAAAACGAAAAAUAAAAAAACGAAAAAAACAAAAAAACAACUAGCAAUUCCAAUAGCAAUACGUCAUGAAGGACCACGAACAUCACAUGGCAAUCCACCGUUAGUUUACAUUAAAAAACAUCAAUUUAUUACCGAUCAAAGUCGAUUUAAUCGUGAUCAAAUUCCAAAACAUAUCAUUAAUGAUGAUUCAGUAUAUUAUAUCGACAAAAUCGAUCCUCAAUUUGUACAUAUUAAUAAUGCUGUUUAUCGAGGUGAUUUACAUACACUUCUUGAUGCAUUCAAAUCAGGAGUCCCAGUAGAUAUUCGAGAUAAAUUUUACAAAACGCCAUUGAUGAUUGCUGCUGCAAAUGGUGAUUUAGAAACAACGAAAUUUCUUCUUCAAUGUGAUGCAAAUGUACAUCUUGAAGAUCAUUUUAAAUGGACAGCACUUCACCAUGCUGCUAACUCAGGUCAAUUAAGUGUUGUUCGUGCUCUUGUCGAUGCUGGAGCUAAGAUCAAUCAUGAGUCGUUAACAUUAGCUACACCACUUAGUCGUGCUAUUGAAAAUUCAUCCCUUGAUAUUGUAAAUUAUCUUGUUCAAAAAAAUGCUAAUGUUCGACAUGAAAAUGUCACACGUAUGUAUAUUGAUCUGAUGCAUAACAAUAUUUUUCAACUUAAUAGAAUCGUACAUGAAUUUUAUGGAAUACUUAAUAUAGAACGUAAUUUACUUGAUUUGGCUGCUGACUUUGCUUCACCACAAGUAUUCAAUACUAUUCGAACGAUAUAUGAACGCAAAGGAAACAAAAAAAGUAAUCAACAAUCGAAAACUCGUCGAAAACCAAGUACUAAUACAAAAAAAAACAAAAAUGCCGAAGCGCCAGUUACUGGUAUAAAGCCAGUCAAGCUGGAAGUACCACUACCACGACGUGGUUCAUUACUUAUUGCUGAAGAAAAAUUGAUGUCAUUGAAUGAUACAUUUGAAUCCAUUACAUAUCAUCCAUUGAUUAAAUGGACUGAUCAACCAACUACUGAAGAAUUACUUAAUAAAAAGAUCAAUCUUAGAAAUCAAUUUACAAUGAAUAUUGAUUUUCCCGAUUACAAACCUCCAUUAUUAGCAAAUGCUCAAGUUAAAUUAGAACGCUUAGAAGUACUUGAUCGACGUUUAAAGACUUCAUAG